GGGUGCCUGUUUCCCCAGCCGCGCGCGAGGCCGCUCCCCGCUCCUCGACCCUCCCCCCCCUUCCCGUCCGGGAGGGGGAGGGGGGACCCGGCGCGAGCCGGACGGGGAGUGCGCGGGGCGCGAGCUCUCGGCUGGGCUCGCGGGCAGGCGGCCCCGCGCGCCACUGGCUGACGCCGCCGCGGCUGCUCUGCACGCACCUCAGUCGGGCUGUGUGAGCUGCUGCUGCCGCCGCCGCCGCCGCCGCCGCCGCCGCCCCUCAGCCUUGCUCUCCGCCUCGUGGUGCACGGUGCAUCCGUCUUCUUUUGCUCUUGUGCAAUGGCCGAGGCGGUAUGAAAGAUGCCCCACUCCAAAAAAAAAAAAUUAAUUUCUUUCUGCCACAUUUUUAAGCGGAAGUUAUGAACUCCAUAUACGUUUUUCCGUGAGCCGGAAAAGCUUCUGUUUCAAAACGAAUGCAAACGGCCUCAUUCAGCUCUGCCCUGUCUCUGAGUUACUGUAGGGAGGGGGGAUAGUUAGACUCAAACUGGCUUAGUUUGGGAGGCUCCUUGAGCCUCAUCCUUCGCGGGUCCCCUACGUUCAGCCCUCCCUGCUGUUGGAUGGCUGGGUGGGGAGUGGUGGGGAAGCCUUUGCUCAGCGAAACAGAACCUCAUUCCCGGGGCGAGGACGCUGCUGGAACCGCUUUCUUCCUGUUUGGAGUGUCACUGAUCAGAGUUAUUCUGAUCUGAAGAAUUUGGUGUUUUAAAUCAUUAAGAUAAUUGCAUAAAUUGUUCAUGGAGUUUUUCAUCAGCAUGUCUGAAACCAUUAAAUAUAAUGAUGAUGAUCAUAAAACUCUGUUUCUGAAAACAUUAAAUGAACAGCGUCUAGAAGGGGAAUUUUGUGAUAUUGCUAUUGUGGUGGAAGACGUGAAGUUCAGGGCACAUAGAUGUGUGCUUGCUGCAUGCAGUACCUACUUCAAAAAGCUUUUCAAGAAGCUGGAGGUGGAUAGUUCAUCUGUAAUAGAGAUAGAUUUUCUUCGUUCUGACAUAUUUGAGGAAGUUUUGAACUACAUGUAUACUGCAAAGAUUUCUGUGAAAAAAGAAGACGUCAACUUGAUGAUGUCAUCAGGUCAGAUUCUCGGUAUACGGUUUUUGGAUAAACUCUGCUCUCAGAAGCGAGAUGUAUCCAGUCCUGAAGAAAACAACACUCAGGCAAAAAACAAAUAUUGCUUGAAAAUAAAUCGCCCCAUUGGAGAUUCCACUGACAAUCAGGAUGAUGAAGUAGAAGAAAUUGGAGAUCAGGAUGACAGUCCUUCUGAUGACACAGUGGAAGGAACUCCCCCAAGUCAGGAGGAUGGUAAGUCACCCACUACCACACUUAGGGUCCAAGAAGCAAUCUUGAAGGAGUUGGGGAGUGAAGAAGUUCGAAAAGUAAAUUGCUAUGGCCAGGAAGUAGAAUCUAUGGACACUUCAGAAUCAAAAGACUUGGGGUCCCAGACUCCUCAAGGUUUAACAUUUAAUGAUGGCAUAAGUGAAGUAAAAGAUGAACAGACCCCAGGCUGGACAACAGCGACCAGUGACAUGAAAUUUGAAUACUUACUCUAUGGUCACCGGGAACAGAUUGCUUGUCAGGCAUGUGGAAAGACAUUUUCAGAUGAAGCCCGCUUGAGAAAGCAUGAAAAACUCCAUACGGCAGACAGGCCAUUUGUUUGUGAAAUGUGUACCAAAGGCUUCACCACACAGGCCCACCUGAAAGAACACCUGAAAAUCCAUACUGGAUAUAAACCGUAUAGCUGUGAAGUGUGUGGAAAAUCAUUUAUUCGUGCUCCAGACUUAAAAAAACAUGAGAGAGUUCAUAGUAAUGAGAGACCUUUUGCGUGUCACAUGUGUGACAAAGCCUUCAAACACAAGUCUCAUCUGAAAGAUCAUGAAAGAAGACACAGAGGGGAAAAGCCUUUUGUUUGUAGUUCCUGUACAAAAGCAUUUGCCAAGGCAUCUGACCUCAAACGCCAUGAAAACAAUAUGCACAGUGAGAGGAAACAGGUCCCCACUAGUGCCAUCCAGAGUGAGACUGAACAGUUGCAGGCAGCUGCUAUGGCUGCAGAGGCAGAGCAACAGCUUGAGACUAUAGCCUGUAGUUAGUUACAAUCAGAGAUCAAAGGAAAGUGGAACUCUUUAUACCCAAAAUGCAGUUAUUGCAUAGAUUUUGAGAUUAAACCUGUCAAAAAUGAAUUUCUUAAGACUGGUCACUGUAUUUUUGUGGAAACUUGUGAAGAGUUGUUGUCAUAGAAUUGAAGACGGUGCUUGGUUAGAUGCUUUAAAAACUUUUCAAGGAAGUAUUUCCUCAGAAUUCUGACCAAAUGGUUUUACUGUCUCACGUAGUAAAUCGUAGUAGUAUUGCCAGUUUGCUGUUCAUUUUUAAAAUGGUUUUAAUUUGAGAACUCGUUUGUCAUAGAAGUAAAAAAAACAAAAAAAAACCC